AUGGAGCAACUAAAGCCUCCAGGAACACUAAAUUUGGAAGGGAAUUUAGCUGAAAACUACAAAGAAUGGAUUCAGUCAUUCGAACUUUAUCUUACCGCAACGGGAAUUGAAGAAAAGUCAGGGAAGGUACAAGUGGCUACUUUUCUGCAUGUCGCAGGCUCUGUACAACGUGUUUAUAAUACUUUUGACAUUGUUGCGGAUGAUAAAGAGAAAAUUGAUGUACUUAAAGAUAGAUUCAAGGGUUACUGUGAGCCGAGAAAGAAUCUCACGUACAUUCGUCACGUUUUCUUUACCCGAAAUCAAGGACCACAUGAAAACAUAGAUAGUUACGUCACGGAUCUAAAGAAUAAAGCUAAACCAUGUGAGUUUGAACAUUUAUCUGAUGGCUUGAUUAGAGAUCGUAUCGUUUGUGGCAUACAAAACGAAGGUUGCCGAGCCCGGCUUCUACGGGAAGCGGAUUUAACAUUAAUAAAAGCAAUAGACACAUGUCGUGCACAGGAAAUAAGCUCACAGCAGCUAAAAUCAUUAAAAUCUACUGAGGAACAUUCGGUGAACGCCGUGAAACAGGUCAGUAAAUCUAGAUAUAGACAAAAUGACAGUCACAAAAAUCAAAGAUCUGUGCAUGUAGAGAGACAGGCUCUAUGUAAAAAUUGUGGCAGAACACAUGGUAAACGGAAUUGUCCAGCGUUCGGUAAAGAAUGUCAUUCAUGCAAUAAGAAGAACCACUUUGCUAAAUAUUGUAUGUCAAAACAAAAGAAAAAAGUAGAUGCAAUUCAGUAUGAUUAUUACGACAGCGAAGAUGAACUUUUCAUUGGAACAGUUAGUGUAGACAGUGUUCAACAGUGUGAAGAAUGGAAAGAAUCUAUGUCAAUAAACAACCAGUGCGUAGUUUUUAAACUUGAUACAGGAGCUCAGGCGAAUAUCAUAUCAGAAAAACUAUUUCGUAAAUUGUCGUUGCCGGAUAACAGGACCGAGAAGACCAAUAUUAAACUUGUAACAUACGAUGGACACAAAAUAUCACCGAUUGGUACUAGAAUGUUAAAGUGUACAUUCAAAGACAGAAAAUACAAUUUGAAUUUUUUCAUAGUACCGACCGAUUCACAGCCAAUAUUGAGUGCCGACACGUGUAGCGAAAUAGGAGCCAUUGUACGAGUGCGCGCCGUAGAUAAACCACUGACAAAAGAAGAAGUAAUAAGUGAUUAUGGUGAAACAUUUAAAGGACUAGGUACAUUGCCUAAAACACAUCAUAUUGAAGUAGAUCCUCUGAUUACGUCCGUAUUUCACCCGCCUCGUAAAAUUCCAGCAGCACUGCGUGAUCAAGUCCGAACAGAAUUAGACCGUAUGGAGAGCCUCGGUGUCAUCGCAAAACAGGACGAGCCGACCGAUUGGGUUCAUAGUAUGGUAGUAGCUAGGAAACCUGGAAAACUACGCGUGUGUAUAGAUCCGAAAGAUUUGAAUCGUGCGAUCAAGCGUGAACAUUAUCACUUAGAAACAAUUGAUGAGAUUGUUGAAAGAUUGCUUAAAGCAAGUGUCUUUUCCCGAUUUGAUGCAACACAUGGAUUCUGGCAGAUUCGUCUUGACGAGGAUAGUUCAAAACUAUUAACUUUCAAUACGCCAUUUGGACGUUAUCGAUACCGUAGAUUACCGUUUGGUAUAAGUUCCGCACCGGAAGUCUUCUCGAAAGCUGUCCGAGAAAUGUUUGUAGACCUUCCGGGGGUCGAAUGUAUCGUUGAUGAUAUUCUUGUUUGGGGAGAAAAUGAUGAACAACACGAUGACCGCGUUCAUGUGUCCGAUCCGCUCCGUAAAUUGCUAAAAGGUGACAUACAGUGGCAUUGGGAUCAUGAGCAACACCAAAGUUUCGAAGAACUUAAGCAGUUAGUAUCGUCAGCUCCCGUGUUACGAUUCUAUAAUGUGAAUGAACCUGUAACUAUAUCAGUUGAUGCAAGCUCAAAAGGUCUUGGAGUUGUACUUCUUCAAAAUAAACAGCCCGUGGCAUACGGAUCCAGAGCUCUCACCGAGACGCAAAGUAGAUAUGCGCAAAUCGAGCGUGAAAUGUUAGCAAUCUUGUACGGUUGCGAAAAGUUUGAUCAUUAUAUUUACGGUCGCCGAGCCGUUAUUGAAACCGACCAUAAGCCGUUAGUUGCAAUCUACGACGAACCGCUUUAUCGAGCUACACCACGUUUACAACGCAUGUUAAUGAAACAACAGCGAUAUGAUUUACGGAUUGUGUACGUUCCCGGAAAACUUAUGUUUAUAUCCGAUGCACUUAGCAGAGCCUAUCUACCGGAUAGCAAUGACAAACUUAUUGAUGAUGAACUUGAUAUUAGUUACAUUGAAAAACAACUACCUAUUUCGUCUAGAAAGAUAGCGGAAAUCAAAGUCGCGACCGAAGCCGAUGAAAAUCUAAGAAAGUUAAGUUCCGUCGUUGUGUCAGGAUGGCCAAACAGUAAGGAAAUGUUACCCGAUGACAUUCAGUCUUAUUGGAAUUUCAGGGAUGAUUGA